CCUCCCCUCCCCGCAGCAUUCUGCCUGUUGACCCGCACGAUGGCUUCGGGAGCAGCAGAACCAAAACGUCGCAGCUUUGAGACUCUUCGUGUGAUGCCUGUGCAGGAGCACGUCCUGCACGUGGAGCUGAACCGCCCCGAGAAAAGAAAUGCCAUGAAUAUCGCCUUCUGGAGGGAGAUGGUGGAGUGUUUCCAGGACAUCAGCCAGGACCCGUCGUGCCACGCCGUCGUCAUCUCAGGAGUGGGUCCCAUUUUCACAGCUGGGAUCGAUCUGGUUGACAUGGGCAACGAUUUCUUGACGGUGGACGGUGAGGACACGGCCAGGAAGGCCUGGCAGCUGCAGCAGAAGAUCCGGGCGUACCAGGAGAGCUUCACCGUGUUGGAGAAGUGUCCCAAACCCGUGAUUGCGGCUGUGCACGGCGCCUGCAUUGGCGGAGGAGGGGAGAACUACGACGAUCCCCACAAGACCCCCGCGUCCCCUGUGGUUCACAUCCGGGGGCUGAUUGACGGCGUGGUGGAGGCUGACCUGGUGGAGGCCCUGCAGGAGUUUGGUCCCAUCAGGUGA